UCCAAACAGGAGCGAAAGAAGGAGAGAGCAGAGCAGACCAUCCGCCUACACCAUUACACCUCUGCGGACAUCCGAGGUUCAGUGAAGUCCAGAAGAGCUCUGCAUUCUCCAGCUAUAACACUGACCUGUGAGAAGAACUUGCGGUGGAUGUAAGAGCGCUCAGAGGCAGAAGAAAUGAGCAGAGGAACAGUGAAAGAGCCGCACGGAUGCCAGCGCAACUUCACACUGAUCAUCGUGUUGCUCGUAGUCAACUGCGGGGCAGAGAUUUCUUCAGACCCAAACGUGGUGGCCGCCUCCAGUUGGAACAUGUCCAGCGGAGCUGACAGAGAUCACUUUCUAAGGCUUGAUGCUCCAAUGAAUAACAUCACUACCUCCCUCGGACAGACAGCGGAGUUGCAUUGCCACGUUUCAGGGAAUCCACCACCCACAGUCCGCUGGCUUAAAAAUGAUGCCCCUGUGGUCCAGGAACCGCGGCGUGUCUCUUACAGACCCACUACGUACGGCUCCCGCCUGAGAAUCCGAAACCUGGACACCACAGACACUGGCUACUUUCAGUGCGUGGCUACCAACACCUAUGGCACAGUGUCUACCACAGGAAUCCUGUUUGUCAAGUUUGAUCCGGCUCCCACCCCUCUGCCUGGAAGGCCUUCACCAGAGGAUUUUGACGAGGAAGGCUUCUGCCAGCCGUACAGAGGGAUUGCGUGUGCCCGCUUCAUAGGAAACAGGAGUAUCUUUGUGGACUCGCUGCAGAUGCAGGGCGAGAUUGAGACACAAAUCACAGCUGCGUUCACCAUGAUUGGCACCUCUAAUCACCUGUCAGAUCGCUGCUCCCAGUUUGCCAUCCCUUCCCUGUGCCACUUUGCCUUCCCCACAUGUGACCGCAGCUCUGGCAUGGACAAACCGCGGGACUUGUGCAAGGACGAGUGUGAGAUUCUAGAGAAUGAUCUGUGUAAGACAGAGUACAUCAUCGCUCGCUCCAACCCUCUCAUCCUCAAGCGCCUCAAACUGCCCAACUGUGAAGACUUGGCCGCUUCGGACAGCCCCGAGGCUGCCAACUGCAUGAGAAUAGGCAUCCCAAUAGCUGAGACCAUAAAUAAAAGCCAUAAAUGUUAUAACAACAGUGGUUCGGACUAUCGCGGGACAGUCAGCGUAACUAAAUCUGGUCGUCAGUGUCAGCCGUGGAACUCACAGUACCCCCACAGCCACACCUUCCUGGCCAUGCGUUACCCGGAGCUCAACGGGGGACAUUCCUACUGUCGCAACCCUGGCAACAAGCACGACGCUCCCUGGUGCUUCACCCUAGAUGAGAGUGUGCGCAUGGAGCUCUGCGACAUUCCUCCAUGUGAUUUACCCAAGCACGGCAGCAGCAGCAGUAUGGGGAUCCUGUACAUCCUGGUACCGAGCGUUGCUAUACCCCUGGCCAUUGCCCUGUUGUUCUUCUUCAUCUGUGUGUGCCGAAACAACCAGAAAGCCUCACGUCCACCAGCCCCACGGCAGCCCAAACCGGUACGCGGCCAGAACGUGGAGAUGUCCAUGCUCACAGCAUACAAACCAAAGAGCAAAGCCAAAGAGCUUCCUCUGUCUGCAGUGCGCUUCAUGGAGGAGUUGGGCGAGAGCAACUUUGGUAAAAUCUACAAAGGCCACCUCUACCUGCCAGGGAUGGAGCAAGCCCAGCUAGUGGCCAUAAAAACAAUGAAGGACAUCUCAAGUGCACAACAGUGGGGCGAUUUCCAGCAGGAAGCAUCUGUCCUGGCAGAACUUCAUCAUCCCAAUGUGGUUUGUCUCCUGGGUGUCGUGACCCAGGAGCAGCCUGUCUGCAUGCUUUUCGAGUUCCUAGCCCAAGGGGACCUCCACGAGUUCCUCAUCAUGCGCUCACCCCACUCAGACGUGGGCUGCAGUAGCGACGAAGACGGUACCGUCAAGUCCAGCCUCGACCAUGGAGACUUCCUCCACCUGGCCAUUCAAGUCGCAGCCGGGAUGGAGUACCUCGCAAGCCAUUUUUAUGUCCACAAAGACCUUGCGGCAAGAAACAUCCUGGUUGGUGAGCAACUUCACAUCAAGAUCUCCGAUCUUGGCUUGUCGAGAGAAAUCUACGCCUCGGAUUAUUACAGAGUCCAGCCCAAAACGCUCGUUCCUAUUCGCUGGAUGCCACCAGAAGCCAUGAUAUAUGGAAAGUACACGACAGACUCUGACAUUUGGGCGUUUGGUGUGGUUCUGUGGGAGAUCUUUAGUUUUGGUCUGCAACCCUAUUAUGGUUUCAGCAACCAGGAAGUGAUGGAGAUGGUGCGGAAGAGGCAGCUCCUGCCCUGCCCAGAGGAUUGCCCUCCUCGCAUGUAUGCACUGAUGACCGAGUGCUGGCAGGAGGGUCCCGCUCGACGGCCGAGAUUUAAAGACAUCCAUACCCGACUACGUGCCUGGGAGGGUCUGUCCUCUCACGCAAGCUCCAGCACACCAUCUGGAGGCAAUGCCACCACCCAGACUACCUCUCUGAGCGCCAGCCCUGUCAGCAACCUCAGCAGCCCGCGCUACGCCGGUUACAUCUAUGGAGCUCCGCAGAGCAUCCCACCAGGACAAAUCGCAGGCUUCAUGGCAGCGCCGAUGCCUCAAAACCAGCGUUUUAUACCUGUAAAUGGAUACCCUAUCCCAACAGGCUAUGCUGCCUUCCCCGCUGCCCAUUUCGCUCCGGCUCAGGGCCCUCCACAAGUGGUGCAGCACUGCCCUCCGCCAAAGAGCCGGUCGCCCAGCAGCGCCAGCGGCUCAACUAGCACGGGUCACGUGACAAGCGUCCCCUCCACAGGCUCCAAUCAUGAUGCCAAUACACCUUUGCUUUCUCAUUGUGUCACUCUGACGCCCAUGACCGUAUCGGGCGGCACAAUGCCAGUUUUUGGACAUAUGGCACAGAAGGCCAUGCAAUUAGACCCAAGUCAGGCGGCGCUUCUGGCUGACACUAACAGACUGAUCUACAGUGAAUCCAUCAUUACUGCCGAUUUGUGAAUACGUUUUUGUCUUGUAUAUUGAUUUAUUGAAUUAUUAAUAUUUUAAUGUUUUUUUCUUUCUUGUAAAUAUGAAAUAGCCUGAACAAAAUGCGAAAGUUUAUAUUUUAAUGUUGUUUUAUAAACAUGUCUUAAAGGAAACUUGUAUAUUCACAUAUUCUCUGUGAAGUUCAUGCCACUUUUUCGACUUUGUAUGACUAAAUGUGGCCUUUUUUCAACCAGAACUUUGAAAUCAAGCCCUUUCGACAGAGCUGUGGGUUUAUCAUCAGUUUUGUCUGCUUUUUUACUUUUCGACGACUUCCUGGUAGGCUUCCAAAUCUAUUAGGGUGUGUUCACACUUGUAGUUCAGUUCAUUUGGUCCAGACCAAAAAGGAAUAUUAUUAAUUUGGUCCUGGUCCAUUUAGCGUUCACACUGGCAUUUUUGACAGCGCACCUAAAGAUACCGAACCUAAAGGCAUAGUGAUACAUUCACAACCUGAUUGGUUGGGUUGAGUGACGUAUAUGCCAUCUGCUUGACUAAACAUGCUCGUUGUGUGUAUAUGAUUUUAUUUUCAACACCUGCGAACUCACAAAGAGCUCAUAAAAGGCACUUUAACUCUUAGUUGCUCCACAUUUGCUCUCUGCUCAUUUUGUUUUGGAUAUACCAUGUGUUCCCUUCAUGAUAUCAUUGCAUAGCAUCACAUCUUGUCAUUACGUUUUAAAAGUAUUUGGUCCGUGUCGAGUUCAUAUUUCAAUCGAAACAUGAAAAGUGUGAUCACACCCUUAGUCUCUGUCCCGUCAUUGCAUUUUGGACUUAAAUAGCAUUAUUAUUGCAUUGAAAUCCAACCCUAUAGUAAACGUUCCCAAAUUAAAGUAUGUGACCAUACGUGCCAUUUUCCGGAGACACGUUCUGGCCAGGAUUUUUAUGUUGUCUAAAACAACCAGGUUUUCGAUCAUGUAUCAUGUAUUAUGUAUCGAUCAUGUAUGAAAACAGGAAAACAAAGCCAAAACCUGGAUAUUUUGGGCAAGAUAAAAUAAAACAGCAAGUAAAUAAAAUAAGUUAUCAAAAUCUUGAAAAAAAUAAGCAGUGGGGGCGUGUCCUCUGUCUAUGCUGAAACCACGCCCACUCACAGGAAAGCUGCUGCCUUACUCAACUGUCAAAUACCGCUACAAUCUGAAUGGAUGGCCAAGAUAUUUUGUACAUUACCACAACCAAGUAAUAUGCAUUUAUGUCACAAAGGCAUAGCUAGUUAGCAAACUGUAGGCUGUAGUAACCAACGGUAAAGACGGUAACUCGCGAUUGACCAACUGAUUGAACAACUGAUGCAAACCCAGGUAGCACAUGUACAUCUGCAAGAUGUCUGUUAAAGAUUGCUUGAUCUGGAAAGCAUCUGCUGUGUACAAACAUCUGACAGAUGUCUGUAAGAUGUCAGUUCAUACAUUCUAAAUCAUAAAGACAUCUAAUAAACGUCAAUUUGACAUCUGAUAGUAAGUGUCCUAUAGACGUAUUACAGAUGAGCAAACACUCUAAAAAAUGACUUCCUGAUGUAAAUGCAGAUGUCAAAUAGACGUCUCCGUGAUGUAUUUGUGCUAUCAGGGAAUGCACUCUAGUUAUUAUAGAUGCUCAGUGGCUCCAGUGUGUCAUGGAGCCAUGAUUUCAGCCCCGACCAAAAAUCCUGAACACAAAAACUGUUUAACAGUCUAACUCCACAGUUCAGUCCUACAUAGUAUUUAUAACGUGUUUUCAACAAUACAUUUCUAACAUGUAUAAUGUGUUUAGAAACAAUUCUCUGAAUUGCCUUUACAUGGACUUUAAGGGAAUAGUUUUGCAAAUAUAUAUCACUGAUAUCUUAAUAUGAGGAAAAAAAUAUUGCUUUAAUUAUGGCCACCAUAUGCCUGCCUGCGUUUUAUCAUCAAUUCAGGCAUUUGUACAUGUGAGGGAAUGUGUUGUGCAACAUUCUUCUGUUAAUGUGGUGUUAUUCUUAAUAUUUCAACACACGAAGUACACCAGUGCUGUGUUGUAAACCAACAAACCAGUGACUUCUCAGGCAACAUUUUGCGUUUCUAAGCUACAUCCUAAAACUGAUUUCGGACAGGCUUCUGUGGUGUCAUAACUGUCUAAUUGAGCUGCAGCAAAAUAGCAAACAAAUAUUUAAAUACCAUAAUAUUUAUUUCUUGCUAGGAGUUAAAGGGAUGGUUCACCCAGAAAUGAACGUCCCUGGUGAAAAAAAACAGCAUAUGCUGGUAGGUAGGUUUUGAUGCUGGUUUAAGCUGGUCCUUUGCUGGUUUUU